CGACUGAAGAGUCUCUUCUCAGUCCGCGUUUGGAAGUGAUCGCGAUCGGUCGUUGUGUUUGGGGUGGGCCCGGGAGUGAGAUCCAGUUCUGCGCGGAGAUAAAGCUAGCGAAGAGACUUGAAAUUCAAGUUUUUGGUACACAUUUGAAGAAGGUCACUAACGUCCGUCCGUCCGUCCCCGCCAGCUGCGGAAAGUUAUGCAAGUCCCGGUGCGGUCGCAUUUUAGCUGAUCUUGCCAAAUUGGUGACAAACAACACACACCCAGUUGGGAGUCGAAAGUGGUGGCACGAUCGCCACGAAGAAUGAGCAGUGUUCAACUGGAGUGAAGUGGGUUCUAGGAGCAGAACAAAACGAGUUUUUAAGGGCAGUGCAGCUUUUGAUUAGCAUAGUUUGAAACAUCAGAUUGGAUCCUGGAUACGACGAUACCAACACGGGACAUCAGAAUGGAGGAGGCUACGGAAAUUGUACUGAUCACCGGUGGUGCCGGUUUUCUCGGUCAACAUUUGAUCAGAAUAUUGCACGAGCGUGACCCAAAAGUGCGCGAAAUUCGCGUCGUCGAUCUGAAGCCAUACGAAAAUACAAUUGAUCACACCACCCCGCCGGGCAAGAUCGUCUCGUUCGUGGGGGACAUCUGCAAGCCGUCCAGCAUCGAGUCCGCGUUCGAGGGCGUCGAUUGCGUGUUUCACAUGGCGGCCUACAUCAACUUUGACUUCCCGCCAAAUCGGAAGGAACUGGAACGGGUAAAUGUCGACGGGACGCAGAUUGUGGUGGAUCUGUGCCGGAAGUACAGCGUGCCGCGCUUGGUGUACACCAGCGACUGUCUGAUCCACAUGACGCCCUACCUGGGCAAGGCAAACUUUACGAUCGUGUGUAACCAGACGGAGCCGAAGACGAAGGUACCGCAGCGGGAGAGCGAGUUCCAGAUUCCGGGCUACGCGCAGUCCAAGUACAAGGGCGAGGUGAUGGUGCUGGAGGCGAACGGGAGCCCGCUGGCGAAUGGAGAGCCGCUGAAAACGAUUGCCAUCCGGCCGCCGGUUAUGUUCGGCGAGGGUGACCAGCGGUUCGUUCCGGGGGUGAUUAAGGUGGCGAUGCGGUUCGGAGGGGAAAUUCCGAAAUUAGCUGGCCCAGGAGGUAAGCAACAGCUGGUGUACGCUGGGAACGCUGCUUGGGCACAUUUUCGGGCCAAGGAGGCACUGGCCAAUAAGACAAAGGACAUCGCUGGCUACCCGGUCUUUGUGACGGACGAAUCCGGCAUCGAGGACACCACCCGGUUCUGCCAGCGCCUGUCGCGGGCCAACGAAACGCUGAAGCUGCGACCGUCCUGGUACCAGAUUCCCCUGUUUGUGUCCUUCUUCCUGGCGUUUCUGCUGGAGCUGCUGAUUAAAGCCCUUAAUCCGAUUGUGAAAAUUAAACUGAGCUUCCCGCCGUGCGGCCUCCUGUCCUACAUGUCAUCGAUUCUGCUGUACAACCGGAUCCGGGCGUCGAUCUACCUGGAUUACGAGCCCAUCUACUCCGAGGAGAAGGCCGUGUCCAAUUCGGCCCUCUGGUACGAAAAGUGGUACCAGGAUUACUGCCGCCGGCACAAUCUCAAGAAGCUGAAAGUCAAAUGAGAGCCAGAGUCACCAGCUCUCGAUAAUUGAAAUUUGUGUGUUUUUCUAGCUCUGUACAGACACCCCCUCUUAUCGGUAAUCCAACUAUCACAAGAGUAUUGGCGAAAGGUAAGGCAACAACAAUAAACGACCUUCUUUAGGUGAGGA